AUGGAGCGCGAGCUGGAGGAGCUGGCGGCGCGGCCCCCGCGCCCGGCCGAGCCGCCCUUCCAGGCGCUGGUGGAGGCGGCGGGCGGCCGCGGGCAGGUGCUACUGGUGGGCGAGCUGUGGGAGCGCGAGCAGAGCCGCGCGCUGCUGCGGGACUUCGCCCGGGCCGUCUUCCCGCCGGAGCCAGGCGCGGGCAAGCCCGGCGGCGCGGGGCCCGGGGCGCCGGGGGCCGGGGCGCCGGGGGCGCAGAGGCCGCCCGGGACGGCGGGGGCGCGCGCCAUCCGCUCGCCGCUCGUCUUCGUGCUGUGCCGCGCGUCCUCGCUGACCGCCCGCGAGCCGCGGCGCCGCCUGCGGGAGAUGCUGCGGGACGUGCGCGGCCGGCGGCGGGCCGGCGCGGCGCUGGUCGGGGUGCUGGUGGCCGAGGCCGGGCCCGAGGACGCGGUGGCGCCGGGGCUGCGGCUCCUGGAGGCGCUCCUGCGCGCGGUGUUCGGCCGCCAGGCGGGGGGCCCGGUGCAGGCGGCCGCCUACCGCCCCGGCCACCCGGCCUCCAGCUUGGCCGUCCAGGCGGCCGCCUGCAGAGCGCUGCAAGCUGCGGGGCCCGCGCGAGCAGUGGCAGGAGCCUGGGAGAGACCCGGCCUCCCAGCACUGCUGGCGUGCUUUUCUUGGGGUCCCUGGAGCCGGGGGAAGGACCCAGAUGCCACCUCCCCCAGUGACCCAGCUCAGGAUCACCUCCAGGACCCUGAGGAGGAGCUGGCCCUGACAGACGUGUUUCCCAAUGGAGACUGUGAGGACCCCAGAAAGGGGCUGAGAGCCUGUGAUGGAUUUGUCCACGCUCCGGCUGAGCCCACUGGAGACUCAAGAUGA